AUAAAUAAUAAGUGAAGAGGAAAGAAAUUAAGAUGUUUGGAAUUGCAAAGUAAAUAUAAAUUAAAAUAUGUUAAUAUAAAUAAUUUUGUUAAGUGUGGUAUAAGCACAAUUAGAGUAUGUAAAAGAUGUGAUAAAUUAAUUGGCUGAUUAGGAAUGCAGUUUAAAAAAUAGAAUCACUUAUGGAUAAUAGAAGCUUCACCACUUGUCAGGAAUAUAUUUUUGUGACUCUUAUGCAAAAAGAACAUGUUGUAGUCAACAAAAUUUGGAAGAAUUAAAAUACAAGUAUACUUGAUAAUAGUAUUUUGUAGAUGGUACAGAGAAUAAUAAUAAGCAGUUGAGCUUAGUUAAUAGUGUUAGGAAAUAUUUACAAAAACUAUUUGUUCAGAUUGUGAUGGUGAUAUUGGAUAGUAAGUUAGAGUAGGGUUUUGUCCUCAUUUUUGUAAUCAAAUGUAUUAAGCAUGUUGGAUGGACUUGUUCUAGUAUGAUGAAAAAUCUUAGAAAUUGAGACUUUGUUAUUAAGUAAGAACAUUUAUAAUUCUAGAAUGACGUGUUAUGUUCUGAACUUAGAAAUAUUGUGAAUAAUGGUGAUCAAUUCUGUAGUUCAUUAGGAUACAAAUUGAAUUCCUAUUCCAAUAGAGAUGAGUGGAUAGAAAAUAAGUAUUUGAAUUUAUCUACAACUCCAUUAUGUUGGGAUGGUACUCCAUCUCAUAGAAUUUGGGGUAAUGAAGCUAAACUUCCAGAAACAAAAGUUAAUUCAAAGAACAAGAAGCCAAAUUUCAAAGAGGAAUAACAAUCUUACUUAGGGCUUUGUAUAUUUGCUGGUAUUGUUUUAGUAGGUGCAUUAUUAAUUGCAAAAGUAUUGUUAAAGAAAUGA